AUUUCAGAUGCAAAUGUCCAGCUCACUCACAUCAUGUUUCAGGCGUUGCAACCAGUCAAAAAAUACGGCGAGAUAAUUCAACAGCUUGUGGUGUUCCUGAGGACAAAGAGUAUGCUUUUGAAAUCGCCAAUUCAUCGAUCAGAUAUGGGAUAGGAGUAACGAAAGAGGUUGGCCAAGAUUUUGCCAACAUGGGUGCGAAAAGAGUGUGCGUUAUGACUGAUCCCUUCCUCAAAAAUUUACCAGCUGUGAAAACAACCUUAGACUCCCUCACAAAAGCUGGAGUCCAGUUUGAACUCUAUGACAAAGUGAGGGUGGAACCAACAGAAAAAAGUUUUGAAGAUGCGACCAAGUUUGUACGAGCCAUGCAAUUUGAUGCUUUCUGCGCUGUGGGUGGCGGAUCUGUUAUCGACACAUGCAAAGCAGCAAAUUUGUACCAUUCCAAUCCUGAAGCUGAGUUCUUAGACUAUGUGAAUCCACCAAUAGGAAAAGGAAAACCAGUAACCAAACCUUUGAAGCCUUUAAUUGCAAUUCCUACAACCUCAGGAACAGGCAGUGAAACGACAGGUGUUAGUAUUUUUGAUUAUGAACCAUUGAAAGCCAAAACAGGAAUCGCUAAUCGUGUUUUGAGGCCAACGCUUGGAAUCAUAGACCCCCUCCACUGUUUAACAUUACCAGAAAAAGUUUGCGCUUUUAGUGGGUUUGAUGUUUUUUGUCAUGCCCUCGAGUCCUUCACAGCACUGCCCUACACAGAAAGAACCCCACGCCCCACUGACCCUAUUUUACGGCCGGCAUAUCAAGGAAGCAAUCCUAUCUCAGAUAUUUGGGCAAAAUUUGCUUUAAAUGUCAUCAAAAAUCAUUUUAAAGAAGCUGUAUACCAUCCAGAUAAUCUCAAGUCUCGUGCAAAUAUGCAUCUCGCAUCAGCAAUGGCAGGAGUUGGUUUUGGAAACGCUGGGGUUCAUCUGUGUCAUGCUCUAUCUUAUCCAAUUUCUGGCAAUGUCAGAACAUUUCGACCUGAUGGCUACAGUGAUGAUCAUGCCAUCAUCCCUCAUGGAUUGUCUGUGGUUAUGUCUGCUCCUGCCGUUUUUGAAUUCACUGCCCCUGCUUGCCCUGAAAGACAUUUAGAGGCAGCUGAACUUUUGGGAACCGAUAUUAGCAAUAAAAAAAGAGCAGAUGCUGGGAAAGUGCUAGCUGAUACCGUCAGAGAAUAUAUGAGUUUCAUGAAAAUUGAUAAUGGUUUAAGUGCUCUGGGUUUCAUGAAGGAUGAUAUUACUAAUCUAGUUAAAGGAACCCUACCACAGCAUAGAAUCACUAAACUUGCCCCAAGGCCUCAAGCCGAGGCAGAACUGGCUCAACUUUUUGAAAAUUCCAUGACUAUCUACUAAGAUCUAAUAAGGAGCUGCCAGGUCGUAAGUGACCGCUUCGACCAAUACCAGCCCAUUUUAAAACUAUUU